CCUUGCCAUGAUCUUAGCGUAGUGACUGUGUUUAUAAAGGGUGAUUCAUCUUCAGCUAAAGACACCUUCUGUAUCUUUCUGGGCUUUAGGCUGUGGUAGAGAAGAGUCACACAGCCUCUCAAUAGGGAUCCUGUCAUAUGGGAUGCUGUCUUCCUUUUCGGUUAAGCCUCUCUGUAAACCCUUUAUGGACCAACCUAGGAACGUCUCCUCAAUGAUGGUACCACUUUUGGUCGCUGAGCCUGAAGAAGGAUGCAGACGUCUGGUUUCACAGCUCAUGAGUCCUGAAACAGUAUGGUUUCUCAAGCAAAGAACGAUACUGAGCACACUGUAGUAUUAACCUAUAAUGCUGGCUUUGGGUCUUGACAGGAAGUGUGCUGACCAAUGGAGGGGGCAAAUAAAAGGGGCUCCUGGGGAGUCUGCUCCAUACUCUUGCACAGCCCAGCAAGACCUCAGCCAUGAGACUUCUCCUCCUGACUUUCCUGGGAGCCUGCUGCCUCACCACGUUCUCUGUGGAAGGCGUGGGGACUGAAGCCCUAGAAGAGAGUUUCUGUGUGAGCUUAAGGACCCAGCCGCUGCCGGUUCAGAGAAUCAAGACCUAUACCAUCAGGGAGGGCAUAUUGAAAGCAGUUAUCUUUGUCACCAGACGAGGAGUGAAAAUCUGUGCUGAUCCACAUGCCCAGUGGGUGAAAGCAGCGAUCAGAACUGUGGAUAGGAGGAAGAACAUAACCGAAACUAGUCCCACGAGAGCCCAGCGGUCCACCAGCUCAGCCAUGACCCUGUCUGGGUAGUGCUGUCUGGGACAGUGUUCCCUCAACAGCCGAGUAGCUCAUCUCAGUUCGCAGGCUCAUGGACUAAUUGUGCUAUAUUUACUUUUU